AACAGAUAACCAGUAUGUCACAACAGUGCCUCCCUCUGGUGUAAGACCAAUUUACGUGUUGCGCAUGCGUAACUAAUCCUUUUUCUAUUUCGCUCUCGGGAAACACAAAUAUCCUCAACAAUGGGUGACGUACAAGAAGAUAUUGAUAAUGAUAGCGACUUCCAAACUACAGAAUCUGGAGCCUCACAGUCUUAUCCACAGCAGUGCUCGGCAUUGAGAAAGAAUGGCCACGUUAUUAUGAAAGGGCAUCCUUGCAAAAUUGUAGAAAUGUCUACAUCUAAAACAGGAAAACACGGUCAUGCUAAAGUUCAUAUGGUUGGUAUAGACAUUUUCACCGGUAAAAAAUAUGAAGAUAUUUGUCCAUCUACACAUAACAUGAAUGUCCCUCAUGUCAAAAGAAAUGAUUACCAGUUGGUAGACAUCAACGAUGGAUAUGCAUCUUUGAUGGAAGAUUCUGGUGAGACCAGGGAUGAUUUGACUGUUCCAAAAAAUGAUAUCGGGGCGGAAAUUACCAAAAAUUUUGAAGAAGGCGACACAUUGAUGGUCACUGUCCUUAGCUCCAUGGGUUCAGAAGUUAUAAUUGGUACCAAGCCGGUUACUAAAUAACUGGACUCAACAAGACUUUUUGCUAUAUUUUGCACCUACGACUUCAGAUUAAUCACCCACUGGCUCAAGACAUAGAAUUAUGAUUUGGUUGUUAUACAGUGGCCCUUAAAUUCUGUUUGAUGGACAGAAAUGCUGAAAAAGGGAUUAAGUGGGGAGAAGAAAAUGGACAACUUGUUUCAAAGUAACCAUUUAAAUGGAAACAAGGAAUUAUCGUGACAAAUUUAAGAAGACCAGACUUGAACUUUUAAAUUCUUCAACUGACAUUCAAUCCUUUUAUUCUGUCUACGACUGGUAUCUGUAGCCGAAUGUUGAACACUUUCAAGAUCAUAUCUUACAGAUACUGUUUGUUAAAUGCUUAAUGAACUUCAGUUUUUGCAUCGUAUGAGUUGACGGCAAUUUUUCUUCAGUGUUUCAACUGAAGUUUUAGGAAUGUAUGAGAGCAGUGGGUGCUGGCAUUCUUCCUCAGCACUGAAUUCUAGCAUGACGAGUGUAUGACAACUAUACAAGAUGAAAUAUUCCUUGGCACUGAAUUGCAGUUUUAUAAUGAUACUACAGCAAAGUAUGAGGAAGUUGUUCCACAUCACUGAACUUCUAGGAAGUUGUUCCACAUCACCGAACUUCUGAUUUAUAAAACUUUGGACAGCAUCUAAGGUGAUGGCAUUUCAUCUUGGCACUGAACUUCAGAUUUUGAGGGCAUGACAGCAUCCAGAAUUUGUCUUUGGUUGAUAAGAACCAGUUGUAAUUGAACUAGCUUAUAAAAGCUACAUUGUAUGUCAGUAGACAAACUUUUUCUGCUAUAAGUGCUAUAUAUAAUAGGAAGAUUUCAUUGAAUUGUUGAAUUAACUUUUGUCCAAAUGCAAAAUAAAUUAUGACCAUGGUGUCGUUUCCAGUGUUUCUGUUCUUGUAAAAAUGGGUAUCAAACAAAAAGCGCUGAAUACCAUCGGGGUCUUCUUAAAAAUAAUUACAUAACUAACCACAUAAUUUACUAAAAGCGAUUCCUUAAAUAUGGAGAAGGUGGGAGGAACCUAUAUUGACACAUUAUGUAUGGGUGGUAGGUAUAAAAUCAGCGUUAGACAUCAACUGUUAUUGCUUGGUAGUCAACAGACUAGAAGAAUAGAUUAUUUUCUAGUUGUUCGUCAAUGUAACUGGUCCAAGAUUUCCAUGAUAAUGAAACAUCGCGAUCUACAGCACGAAUCGUCGAAAAGUAAUUGACUGUAGGGGACUUAAGCUAAAAUUUUGACAAUUAUCAUGCAAUAUUUCUUAUUUUAAGCUGUUUUCUAUAUUUUAAAAAGAACCAUUCUUAUUCUAUUUAUUUUUUCUUCACAAGUCCAAAGGACCAUUUGGGCUAGGUGAUAAACUAUAGUCCUUGCUGAAAUCUACUAGUCCUGGACUAGUGUUAGUGUCAACCCCUGUUAAAAACAAGGUCUGUCUACCAUUCCCAAUGUUAAAUCACUUUUAUUGUUUAAUGAGUGGUGUUGCAGGCACAGAAAAGAUGCCUCCCACCUCAACCAUAUGCUUAUUUUUGGAAAUAUUUUGUAGAUACAGUGACAAUUUAAGUAAGACAUGUUAUACCUAUCAACUUUUGACAGGACAUGGUAUGGGGAUCGUCUGUUCACACUGGUCCGCAGGAUAACUCUUAAAUACUUCAUUUUGAUGAAACUUCCUAUGCAUGUACAUCAAGAGGCUAAGUUCAAACUUGAGCAAAAUCUGCACAUAAUUAAUAAGCAUACUGUGCUCUGAUUGGUCAAUUUCCAGACUAACAUUUCUGCAAGGUAUAUAAUUUUCUUAAAUAUUGUUCUAUUUUGAUGAAACUUUUGUUGCAUGUACAUUAUACGAAGGCGUUGAAGAUUGGUGCAUAAUGUGUUGAUUGGGCAAAGGUUUCUGCACAAUAACUUUGUCAAAUAUGUCCCGAUUCUGAUGAAACAUUACAUGGUCAGUAUUUACUAUGACAAGGGCUAUGCUAAAAGGUGAGAAAAACCUGCACCUAGUUUAUUAGCAUACUGCUAUCUGAUUUGUCAAAGGUUUCUUCGCAAUAAGUUUGUCAAAUAUGACAGUAUUCUAAUUAGACACUGUCAAUAUUAACACUAUGUAAUUGUGAAAUCUGCCUUUAAUCAAUAAACAAUAGAAAUAUA